AUGUCCCAAUCAUUAUCGCCACAAUAUUAUGAGACUUUAGAAUUCUUUAAAAAUAAAUUUUAUGGUACUAAUAAAACCAUAGAAGAUGCAAAGCAUCAAAUGGAUGAUAUGGCUGUACCAAUUCCUGAUAAUCUUAUCGUAAAUGAGGUAAAGUUGGAUGACAGAUAUAGGAUCAAAAGCAAGGAAUAUUUGGAGGAUGGUUUGAAAAAGUACAAGGACGUAGUGGAUGAGAAAUGGAAAGAUUUGAAUGAGGCUAGCACUAAUUAA